UCGUUUCUAUAAACUCCUCUCUCCUUCAUUCCUUUUGCUUUUCUCGUCGACCAAACACAUUUUCAAGACUCGCAUUUUCCAGCAAAGUGGUUUCUAUAAAAAGGAGAAGGCUAAAUAUUCAGUUAAAGAGUUAAGAGGGGCUACUGAGGAAACAAAAAGUCAAGGACAUAUAUUCAAGCAGCAGGCUAAAGUUAUAAGGAUAACGUAAAUCACAAGGGCCAUAGUUGAAUAUCACAAAAAAUGCCUCAGUGGCAAAUGAAAGACGCUGAGCAAAAGCAUAUGAUUUCAAGAACUCCAUUAAAAGAGUCGUUGAAUCAGAACGCGCAAUCCCAAAUUAGUGGAGAUCAUAGAAUUGAAGAAGUCAAGAGAAAUAAUAAUGUGGGGAGGAGAAGGGGCAGGAGGAAAGGAAAAGGGAUAUUAGUCGAAAAAAUGCAGGAUAUAAAUGAUUCUCAGACUAGUACCCCUUGUUCUGCUUCGUCAUCCGAAAGAAGUCUCGUGUUUCCUUGUAGGCCGGGAUAUGGCCAACUCGGUACUAAGUGUAUGGUAAAAGCCAACCAUUUCAUUGCUGAAUUAUCAGAAAGGAACUUAAGCCAGUAUAGCGUAAAAAUUACUCCAGAAGUUAAAUGUACAAGAUUGAACAAGGCUAUUAUGGCUGAUUUGGUAAAACUUCAUAAAGAUUCCAACUUGGGUAAAAGAAUUCCUGUUUUCGAUGGAAGACGAACACUUUAUACAGCAGGGUUGCUCCCCUUUAACUCGAAAGAAUUCACUAUCGCUCUUGCUGAUGAUGAUGAAUGGAUAGGAAUCACAAAGGAGCGGAUAUUUACUGUCACGAUCAAGUUCGUCUCACAGGCGAACUUGCAUCAGUUACACGAACUUCUUUCCGGGAAGCAAGUUGACAGUCCUCCACAAGCACUUAAAAUUAUUGAUAUUGUACUCAGGGAGCUUGCUUCUCAAAGGUACAUAUCAGUUGGGAGAUUUUUCUAUUCUCCUAAUAUUAAGAAGCCACAGACACUAGGCAAUGGCUUACAGUCUUGGAGGGGGUUCUACCAGAGCAUAAAACCUACUCAAAUGGGAUUGUCACUUAAUAUUGAUAUGUCAACAACAGCUUUCAUUGAACCACUCCCAGUUAUUGAAUUUGUUGCUCAAGUUUUGGGAAAAGAUGUGAGUUCGAGGCCACUGUCCGAUGCAGAUCGAGUAAAGGUUAAGAAGGCUCUCAGAGGUGUCAAAGUUGAAGUUACACAUAGGGGAAAUAUUCGAAGGAAAUACCGAAUUUCUGGUUUGACAUCACAGCCAACAAGAGAGCUUAUUUUUCCAGUUGAUGAGGAAAAGAACAUGAAAUCAGUCAUUGAGUAUUUCCAAGAGGUGUACGGAUUUACCAUUCAGUAUCCUCAUUUACCUUGUCUCCUCGUGGGAAGCCCAAAGAAAGUAAAUUACUUACCGAUGGAGGCUUGUAAGAUACUCGAGGGACAGAGAUACACCAAAAGAUUGGAUGAGAAGCAAAUAACUUCACUGUUAAAAUCGUCAUGCCAAAGACCACGAGAACAAGAAAUGGACAUUUUGCAGACCAUUCACCAGAACGGAUACAAGCAAGAUCCAAUUGCAAAGGAGUUUGGCAUAAGUAUUGACGAUAAGCUUGCAACAGUGGAAGCGCGAGUUCUCCCAGCCCCGUGGUUGAAGUACAAUGAUUCAGGGAAGGAAAAGGAAUGUCAUCCACAGCUAGGUCAGUGGAACAUGGUAAAUAAGAAAGUUAUUAAUGGAAGUACUGUAAAUCACUGGGCUUGCAUCAACUUCUCAUGUAACGUCCAAGAAAAUGCGGCCCGUGGAUUUUGUCAUCAGCUUGCCCAGAUGUGCCAAGUUUCUGGAAUGGAAUUUAAUUGUGAGCCAGUGGUACCGAUUUAUAGUGCUAGACCAGAUCAAGCAAAGAAGGCACUAAAUUAUGUAUAUAAUGCUGCUGCAAACAAACUUGGAGGAAAAGAGUUGGAGUUGCUAAUUGUCAUUCUUCCUGACAACAAUGGUUCUUUGUAUGGUACUUUGAAGAAAAUUUGUGAGACAGAUCUGGGGCUGAUUUCUCAGUGUUGUCUUACAAAGCAUGUAUUGAAAAUUAGCAAGCAAUACCUUUCAAAUGUAUCUCUGAAAAUCAAUGUGAAGAUGGGAGGAAGAAAUACUGUACUUUUAGAUGCUUUGAGAUGGAAAAUUCCUCUCGUCAGUGAUAUCCCAACGAUUAUAUUUGGUGCGGACGUGACUCAUCCGGAAUCAGGAGAGGAUUGUAGUCCAUCAAUUGCAGCUGUGGUAGCAUCACAAGAUUGGCCGGAAGUUACUAAAUAUGCAGGUUUGGUAUGUGCUCAGCCUCAUAGACAAGAACUCAUUCAGGAUCUUUACCGGACCUGGCAAGAUCCUCAACGGGGAACAAUGUCCGGGGGGAUGAUUAGAGAACUUUUGUUGGCAUUCAAGAAAGCCACAGGACAAAAACCACUGAGAAUUAUAUUCUACAGGGAUGGUGUCAGUGACGGGCAAUUUUAUCAGGUCCUACUUUAUGAACUCGAUGCAAUUCGUAAGGCUUGUGCAUCUCUUGAACCAGGUUAUCAACCUCCAGUAACGUUCAUAGUUGUCCAAAAACGUCACCACACACGACUUUUGCCAAACAAUCACAAUGAUAGAAAUCAUACUGACAGAAGUGGAAACAUCCUACCUGGUACUGUGGUUGAUACUAAAAUUUGUCAUCCCACUGAAUUUGAUUUUUACUUGUGCAGUCAUGCUGGAAUUCAGGGAACUAGUCGUCCCGCGCACUAUCAUGUUCUCUGGGAUGAAAACAAUUUUACUGCAGAUGAAAUGCAGUCUUUGACUAACAACCUUUGCUAUACAUAUGCUCGAUGCACUCGAUCUGUUUCAGUAGUUCCUCCGGCGUAUUAUGCUCAUUUGGCAGCCUACAGGGCACGUUGCUACGUAGAACCUGACUCGUAUGGCAAUGGUUCAAAGCGUAGCACACGUACAACGAAUGGUUGUGUCAGCGUCCGUCCUCUACCAGCAUUGAAAGAGAAGGUGAAGAAUGUGAUGUUCUAUUGCUAGAGUUAAUGUUAAUGUUACAUAGUAGUCAGUACAUGUAUGAAAUUAGGAUAGGGAUCUAAUCAUGAACUAAUGCUAUGUUUAUAUGGUGGGGAGCGAAUUGCAAUAAGAAAUUUUGUAAGUUUUGUGACUAGAGGUCUGCUCUCUGUGUAAUACAUGUAUAAUGCCUAGUUAAAAUUUAGGAAUCAGAUGAAUAGCUUCACUUGGA